UGUGCGGCAGGGCUCCGAGCUUGACGUUUUCCGCCGGAAGAGCACUGCCGGGGUCGCGAUUCCGAGCCGCGAGGCAAGAUGCUGAAGUCCAAGACUUUCUUAAAAAAGACGCGGGCGGGCGGUGUGAUGAAGAUCGUGCGCGAGCACUACCUGCGGGACGACAUAGGCUGCGGUGCGCCUGGCUGCGCGGCGUGCGGCGGUGCGCACGAGGGGCCGGUCCUCGAGCCGCAGCCCCUGGACCGGGCCAGCAGCCUCUGCCCGCAGCCGCACUACUUGUUGCCUGACACCAACGUGCUGCUCCACCAGAUUGAUGUCCUUGAGGACCCUGCCAUCAGGAAUGUCAUUGUGCUACAAACAGUUCUCCAAGAAGUGAGAAAUCGGAGUGCUCCGGUAUAUAAACGAAUCCGAGAUGUGACUAAUAACCAGGAGAAGCAUUUCUAUACAUUUACUAAUGAGCACCAUAGAGAAACUUAUGUAGAACAGUUACAGGGAGAAAAUUCUAAUGACAGGAAUGACAGAGCCAUUCGAGUAGCAGCAAAAUGGUACAACGAACAUUUGAAGAAAAUGUCAGCAGAGAAUCAACUGCAAGUUAUCUUCAUAACCAAUGAUAGGAAAAACAAAGAGAAAGCCAUAGAAGAAGGGAUACCAGCUUUCACUUGUGAAGAGUAUGUAAAAAGCCUAACUGCUAACCCUGAACUCAUAGAUCGUCUUGCUUGUUUGUCUGAAGAAGGGAAUGAAAUAGAAAGUGGAAAAAUAAUAUUUUCAGAGCAUCUGCCGUUAAGUAAGCUACAACAAGGCAUAAAAUCUGGUACAUACCUUCAAGGGACAUUUAGAGCCAGCAGGGAAAAUUACUUAGAAGCUACAGUGUGGGUUCAUGGCGACGCUGAAGACAACAAAGAGAUAAUCUUACAAGGACUUAAAAAUUUAAACCGAGCUAUUCAUGAAGAUAUUGUGGCUGUGGAGCUUCUUCCCAAGAAUCAGUGGGUAGCACCAUCUUCUGUGGUUUUACUUGAUGAAGGUCAAAAUGAAGAUGAUAUGGAGAAAGAAGAGGAGAGAGAACGCAUUCUUAAGACUGCUGUAAGUGAAAAAAUGUUAAAGCCUACAGGUAGAGUUGUUGGAAUAAUAAAAAGGAACUGGAGACCAUAUUGUGGCAUGCUUUCGAAGUCUGCUAUUAAAGAGUCAAGAAGACAUCUCUUUACUCCUGCUGAUAAGAGAAUCCCUAGAAUUCGGAUAGAAACCAGACAGGCCUCUACAUUAGAAGGGCGGAGAAUUAUUGUUGCUAUUGAUGGUUGGCCCAGAAAUUCCAGAUAUCCAAAUGGACACUUUGUAAAAAAUUUAGGCGAAGUCGGAGAGAAAGAGACUGAAACAGAAGUUUUGUUGCUUGAGCAUGAUGUUCCCCAUCAGCCUUUUUCACAGGCUGUUCUGAGCUUUCUACCAAAGAUGCCCUGGAGCAUCACUGAGCAGGACAUGGAAAACAGAGACGACCUGAGACAUCUGUGUGUUUGUAGUGUGGACCCCCCAGGAUGUACUGAUAUAGAUGAUGCUCUCCACUGUAGAGAACUUGAAAAUGGAAAUUUGGAGGUUGGUGUUCAUAUUGCUGAUGUAAGCCAUUUUAUUAGGCCAGGAAAUGCUUUGGAUCAAGAAUCAGCUAGAAGAGGUACAACUGUGUAUCUUUGUGAAAAGAGGAUUGACAUGGUUCCAGAGUUGCUUAGCUCUAACUUAUGUUCUCUGAGAUCUGACGUUGACAGGUUGGCAUUUUCAUGUAUUUGGGAAAUGAGUCAUAGUGCCGAAAUCUUAAAAACAAGGUUUACCAAAAGUGUCAUUAAUUCAAAGGCUUCCCUUACAUAUGCUGAGGCUCAGAUGAGAAUUGAUUCAGCAACCAUGAAUGACAGUAUUACUGCUAGUCUCCGUGGGCUAAAUAAACUAGCUAAAAUUUUGAAAAAAAGAAGAAUUGAAAACGGGGCUUUGACUCUUUCUUCUCCAGAAGUUCGAUUCCACAUAGACAGUGAAACUCAUGAUCCUAUAGAUCUGCAGACCAAGGAACUUAGAGAAACAAAUUCCAUGGUGGAAGAAUUUAUGUUACUUGCCAAUAUCUCUGUUGCAAAAAAAAUUCACGAAGAAUUUUCUGAGCACGCUCUGCUUCGCAAACAUCCUGCUCCUCCUCCAUCAAAUUACGAAAUUCUAGUUAAGGCCGCGAAGUCCAAGAAUUUGGAAAUUAAAACUGAUACAGCCAAGGCGUUGGCUGACUCUUUGGACCGGGCAGAUUCGCCUACUUUCCCAUAUCUAAACACCCUGUUAAGAAUAUUAGCAACUCGCUGUAUGAUGCAGGCUGUGUACUUCUGCUCUGGGAUGGAUAAUGAUUUUCAUCACUAUGGCUUAGCAUCCCCAAUAUAUACACAUUUUACUUCACCCAUCCGAAGAUACGCAGACAUCAUUGUUCAUCGGUUGUUGGCUGUGGCUAUCGGGGCCGACUGCACUUACCCAGAGUUGACAGACAAACACAAGCUUGCAGAUUUAUGUAAAAAUCUCAAUUUCCGGCACAAAAUGGCACAAUAUGCUCAGCGAGCAUCUGUGGCUUUUCAUACGCAGUUAUUUUUCAAAAGCAAAGGAAUAGUAAGUGAAGAAGCGUAUAUUCUAUUUGUGAGAAAGAAUGCUAUCGUGGUGUUAAUUCCAAAGUACGGUUUAGAAGGUACAGUGUUUUUUGAAGAAAAAGACAAACCAAAGCCACGGCUUAUUUAUGAUGAUGAGAUACCAUCACUUAAAAUAGAAGAUACAGUGUUCCAUGUAUUUGAUAAAGUUAAAGUGAAAAUCAUGUUAGACUCAUCUAAUCUUCAGCAUCAGAAAAUCCGAAUGUCCCUGGUAGAACCACAGAUACCAGGAAUAAGUGUUCCUACUGAUACUUCAAACAUGGACAUUAGCGAACCAGAGAGAAAGAAGAAGAAGCUUCAAAAGUAGCUACAGUCAACCAAAAAAACUUUGAAGAUUGAUUUCCUUUUAAAAAAAAAAAGUCUUGAGAGAACAUUUGUAAACCUAAGAAGUGUGAUAGUUUGUUACUUCUAAGUACAUUUUAAUAAUUUUUAAAAUUUGCAUUUUUAUUGAACUGUUGACUGUGUCUAUCCCAUCAUACUACUUCCUUUCUGAAUUGAACAGAACUAUUUAUGCAGAAAAGUCAAUUGAAAAACCAUCACUUAAACAGUGGACAGGAUAGCAACUUGAGGGAUCUGUAAAGAUCAUCUGAAGGGAGCACUCAUCUGCUUAUCGAAGAGAUGAAUUUUGCAUACGUAAUUUGAUUAUCUACUAUUGAUAGAAAACUAUAAUUUUCCUAUGGAGAAAAACGUAACGUUUUUAGAAGCAAGGAACAAUUUAUUCUUUCUAAGCCUUGAAAGCCGUCAGUGUAUGGUGUGGCAGUUUUUAUCUUUCAAGACAAGUCAAGAGCUAUCAGGGGUUCAGCAUUUAAUCUUCUUUGCCAUCUGCAAUUUACCUAACUUAUAUUAAGUGUUCCUUUACUAUUAAAAGCCUCCUGCAUUUUAUUAGUGGUCCUUGAACAGCUGUGAAUGUUUGGGAAUUGGGUGUUGAAGGAAGGUGAAGUAGAAUAUUUUGAGCUGACUGGAAAGAGAGUUGUUUUUUUAAUACCAGAUAGUGUGAGCAUCAUCCUUGACCUUCAGCUCAAAUACCUCCCCAAAAAUAAGGCAUUAGGGUUCAAAGAAAGAACAGAGAUGGCAAUUUAAAUGUCACACCAUGUUACUUAUAAAAUAAAAAGGAGGGGAUUCGUGGCUUUUAAAUUGCACAUAUAUAUCAGAUUAUGUAGGAAAGGAAGGGUUGUAUGAGGACAUGAAAGGUAUUGCUACUUUGAAGUACUGAAGUAUUGCUACUUGGUGUGCCAGUGACAACUUCCUUGCCAACCACAAAGAUUAUUAAGGAUAAAAUUGGUGUUUUCAAGAAUAUUUUGAGAUAGAUACCUUAAAACAUUUUACUUUGCUCAUUCAAUUUCUGAAGUACCAACACUGUACCAGGUUCCUCACCAGUCAAGUAAACGAUCUCUGCCUUGAAGAAGCUUGCAGUGCAGUGAGUGAGAAGAGACUGGCAAACCCAGGUGUAGGAAGUGGAGAUAGUGAGGACGUGUACAUUCAGGCACUUCAGUAAUUGUUAAAAUGAUUGUUCCCGCUUCUCUUCCUGAGGAAAACAUCCACACCAGUGAUGUUUCAGUAGGAGGAAGAGAGCCUUGAGUGGACUAACACCUAGAGCGCAAGGCUUUCCUUCAGGCUUUGCCAGCCAGCUGCUUUCUGUCACAACCAUAGCUCUCCACUCUUUUGCUCUUACAGAGCGAAAGCAGCCGUGGACUGUAUGUAAACAAGCGAGCAUGGCUACAUUCCAGCAAGACUUUGUUUACGGACAGGGAAAUUUAAAUCUCAUAAUUUUCUGUGUUUAACAAAAUGUUACUUAAUUUAAUUUCCAUGCUGCACCUCUCCCAAUCAUUUAAAAAUUCUUUGCCCAUGGGCCAUAGUUCCUACAGUCAAGGAAAAGGGAGGCUUGGUUUUCUUACGCUUUUAUGAGAAAGGCCAGCUUCAGGCUCAGUCCCUAAUGAGUAGUUCAAGAUAACCAGAAAUCUUAUUUUCACCUUGAAGCCUCUUCCUUGGUAAUCUAAAAUGCUUCGAAUGCCAGUUCUUAUGCUAAGCAGCUCACAUAAAAUAUUUCAUUUAAAAAGCCAUGUUGGCUAAGGACUGUUAUCCCCAUUUUACAGAGGGGUAAUUGAUGGAGGUUUAUGGCCUAUUUCAGGUAACAAGUGACAGAGGAGAAAUCUGAAUCCAAGUUACAGUCACAGCUUUGUUCUUUGUUUCCUGACUUGUGCUAUUAAAAAACAGCCAGGGAAGCCCUACCCUUAGGAUCCAGAAUUCCUCUCAUGUACAACAACUGUUUUAAGUUCCUGUUAAUUCUAAAGCCUGUGAAUAAGGACUCAACUUCCUCAUGCACUACUCUUUAGCAGUGGACCUAGUGGGUAAUGGCUUUAACGUUUAGGGUACUGGGGGGAGAGGAUGAGCCAGGCAAAGAGCAAGAAGUCAGUCUUGCAGGUUGGCAGGAAGUGUACAAGGUGCACAAAUGUAAGGAAGGACGUGACACAAUGACAGUAUGUCUUUAUUUCCUAGAGCUCCAUAUGAAUUAUUCCUUCUUGAAUGAGGCAGUUUUUAAAAGGUAUGUUAUUAAAUAUGAGUAUACAUUCUCCAAAGGUAAAGAAUAUUUCCCCCCAAAAUUAUAUACCCAUUUUACUUCCAACAUGAACAUAAGUUUAUUUAAUUAAAAAAAAUUAGUUACAUGCCUGCCCAACCCUAAGCUUCAUAAGCCUAAAGCUCUACAGGAACCCCACAGUUUACCCUGGUUCUCCUGUGUUCUCCUCUCCCUACCACAUUUGAGCUGGAAAGGAUGUCCCUGCCCUAAGGAUGAAGAUACAUUCUGGGCAUCCCACAUUUAUCCCACUAACAAUAACAACACGUGAUAGUGAGAUUUACAUUUUUUAGACCAGUUAUCACUGGAACUAAGAAUUUCUACACUGAAGUGAACAAAUAGUUCAAGAAUGAAAUAUUUUGGAAAUCUGCCUAACCUCCUUUCUACCUCUUCGAUUAAGUUUUCUUCCUAUAUCAUAUUUCUUUCUUUCUUUCACAAAGGUUACAAAUUUAUAUUCAUCUGUAUAUUCACAUACUUUUAUGUAAAAUAAAACAUAGCACCAUCACAGUUCCACAUGUUCCCAGAACCUCUGCUAAAGUCAGUGCCGUCAGUAAGGC